AUGACGAUUUCUACUUAUAACGCACGUACGCUUGCAUCGGAAGCGGUCAUCAAAGAUCUGAUGAUGCAAGCCAAGAAGAUCAAGUACGACAUCAUCGGACUGACCGAGACGAGACGACGUCACCCUCUCAACGCCGUAUAUGAAACUGGAGAAGAACUGUUCUUAGGAACAUGCGAUAGUAGAGGUGUUGGUGGAGUUGGCGUCCUCGUCAACACGAGUAUGGCAAAGAACAUCGACUCUUUUGAACAACUUACGACCCGAAUCGGACGUCUGCGGAUGAGAAGAUGUGGCCCAAUACCAGCUUUGACUAUCUUCGUCGUUUACGCUCCAACAUCAAGCUACGAAGAAGAAGAAGUCGAAGCUUUCUCUAUGGACCUGGAGAAGUUCUACCAAGAAGAUCAUGCCUUCUACAAGGUCAUAGUUGGCGAUUUUAACGCCAAAGCUGGCCCAAGAAGAACGCCUGAGGAGCUUCACAUCGGAACCCACGGCCCACAAUGA